GAAGAAGAAGACGACGAAGACUUCCUGCAAGUAUUUCCAACAUGGAGUCAAGCGGUUUGAAGCUAAAUUUCUGGGAGAACGGACCGAAGCCCGGACAGUUUUACUCUUUUCCCGGGGGCGACAGCAGCAGCGGACCGGGCACAUCAUGCGGGCCGGUCAGACACACACUUAACCCCAUGGUAACCGGGACGUCAGUGCUUGGAGUGAAGUUCACCGGGGGCGUCAUCAUUGCUGCAGACAUGUUGGGCUCGUACGGCUCUCUGGCCCGCUUUAGGAACAUCUCACGUCUCAUGAAGGUUAACAACAGCACCAUCCUGGGAGCUUCAGGAGACUACGCUGACUACCAGCAUCUGAAGCAGAUCAUCGAGCAGAUGGUCAUUGACGAGGAGUUGCUUGGUGACGGUCACAGCUACAGUCCGAAGGCGGUCCACUCCUGGCUGACCAGAGUGAUGUACAACCGUCGCAGCAGGAUGAAUCCUCUGUGGAACACCGUGGUGAUUGGAGGUUUCUACAACGGAGAGAGUUUCCUAGGUUAUGUGGACAAGCUGGGCGUGGCCUAUGAGGCUCCCACAGUGGCUACAGGCUUUGGAGCGUACUUGGCUCAGCCUCUGAUGAGGGAGGUGGUGGAGAACAAGGUGGAAAUCACUAAGCAGGAGGCCCGGGAGCUGGUAGAGCGCUGCCUCAAAGUCCUCUACUACAGAGAUGCUCGCUCCUACAACAGGCAUGAGAUCGCCAUAGUAACAGAAGAGGGCGUGGAGAUUAUUGGACCUCUGUCAUCAGAAACCAACUGGGACAUCGCUCACAUGGUCAGUGGGUUUGAAUGAGGAUGAGGUGUGACUGAUGAAGCCUUCCAUCAAAAACAAUUGCAACUUAUCUAACCCAGUUUAGUUUUUUUUUCUGAUGUUUAUUCUAACUUUUGUAUGAUGGAAAAUAAAUGUAAUAAAUAAAUAAAGGAAUUGCAUUGUU